AUGACACAUUUACAUAUUGACGCAGUAAGACGCCGCAGCCGAUCCCGCAGUCGAUCCCGCAGUCGAUCCCGCAGCCGAUCCAGAGAUCGACUGACUAUCGCUGUCAACGCUACUGACCGUUGGAUCGGAAAUUCCAUCGCUCGUGGUCUCUUGAGUGACGAUAAUGACCGAUAUCGACGAGACGACCGUUAUCUGCAAAGAAGACGGGGCAGAAGAGGCGAAAAAGAAGGAUGGGACGUUCGUGCUCUUACUCGCAACCCUGAAUCACGUCAUGUACGCGAUUUAAAACGCGACGGUGCCGAAGUUUGCGAGACAAAUUAUAAAGAUUGGUCAUCACUUCGAGAUACUCUUCGUGGUGUUGACUGGUUAGUCCAUGUCGUAGAAAGCCAUCGUGAUCGUGUUAGAGAUGCCAAAGAAUUGGCUAAAGCUGCCAAAGAACAAGGCAUCCGAGGUGUUAUUGUUCUCUCUCUCCGAGGUGCCGACGAAAAGUUAACCGACACCCAUCGUGAAUAUUAUGACAUUGAAAGAAUUUGGCAAAAAGAACACCGAAAUGCUGUUGUACUAAGAGGAGAAUUUAUAUUCCAAGGAUUCUUUUUAUGGAGUGAGAAUAUCCAAGAAAAAGGUGUACUUAACUUAACUCUCGACGAAGAACGCGAUCGCUUUGUACCAAUCGAUUUCAAUGACAUCAUUUGUGCUAUCCAAGAUAUGGCUGGCGACCGUGAAAGUUACGGAUUAAACGAAUUUGGUAAAAAACACCGUCGAGUUUAUGACAUUACCGGCAAAGAUUCCUUCAGCUUCGGUGACGUUGUCGAGAUUAUCAAUAAAAAUAUCCGUGAAGGUGAAGUUGAAUAUGAACAAGUCAAUCGCAAUGAACUCCGUGACUAUCUAAGAAGUCUUGGUGGUGAACGUUAUCGUAACGAAAGACGUCGUGGACGCGAAGAAGAAUAUGAUCCACGUCAGUUCCUUCCAUUAAACGAAUGCGAAGUCGAAAAAGUUCUAGACAUCGUACACUACAUUAAAGAAGGUCGUGACGCUGACCGAAUCACUGAUGACUUCGAAAAAAUUACUGGCAGGAAUCCAAGAUCAAUUAUUGAAUUCUUUAGAGAAAAUGCCGAAGACUUCACUCCAGAAGAAGAGUUCCUUGUCUACAAAAAAACCAAUUAUUUCCAUAACACUAAACUUUCUGAAACAAUGGCAUACUUCGACUUCGGACAUCGUGGACGUGAUGAACGUGGUGCUAAACUUUCUAAAACAAUGGCAUACUUCGACUUCGGACGCCGUGGACGUGAUGAACGUGGUGGUCUUAACAUUGCAGUAAACGCUACAGAAAGUUAUAUCGGCAAUUCUGUAGCUUGGGGCCUGUUGAAAAGAAAAGGUGACGACAGAAGAGACCGUGACGACAGAAGAGACCGUGACGACAGAAGAGACCGUGGCGACAAUCGCAGGCUUAAUGUCAUCGCACUCACCAAGAACCGUAGCUCAAAACAUGUUCGCGAAUUGGAGGAACAAGGAGCGGAGAUUCGUGAAGUCGAUUAUGGAAACAGAGAUUCACUUGAUCGCGCUCUUCGUGAUGUCGAUUUGCUGGUACACAUUCCUGAAAGCAGUCGUAACCGCGUGCGAGACGCCGAAGAAUUGUCAAGGGCUGCAAGAGACAACGUACAUACUGCAAUUGUUCUCUCGCUCAUUGGUUCUGAUGAAGAACGAACCAAUACUCAUCGUGACUUUCAUCAAAUCGAAAAAACUAUCCAAGAUGAGAUUCAAAAUACCUCUAUUCUCAGGGUCGCAUGGCUGUUUGAAAGAUUCUUUUUGUGGAGCGAGAACAUUCAGAAAAAAUCUGAACUCGUUUUAAACCUCGACGAAAAAGACUCCAUUACCCCACUUGAGUUUGAAGAUAUCAAUCAUGCCAUUCGAAAACUUAUCGGUCGGAAUGACCGAGAUCGUCAACAACAACAACGUAACGUUUACGUAAUUACAGGUCGUGACGCGCUUAACCCUCGCGAUAUUGUCGACAUCAUCAACGAGAGUAUCGAGAGAACUGAUCGCGUAAAGUACCGACAAGUAAAACGCAACGACCUUCGCGAUUACUUGAAAAAUCUUCGAGAAGAUAGUCAACACGGACAUGAAUAUGAUCCACGUAACUUCCUUCCUAUCAAUGAUAUAGAUAUUGAAAAAAUUCUCGAUAUUCUCGAGUACGCAAAAGUCGGCGAUAAUGCUGGUCAAGUUACCGAUGAUUUUAGAAGACUCACUGGUCGUGAACCUAAAUCUGCUGAGGACUUCUUUAGGGAUAAUGCGAGAGAGUUUGAACCACGUGGUGGAAACCGUCGAUUUGGUCGUCUAAACUUUUCUCGCUUGUAA